AUGUUCCGCCCCAGUGCGCUUCUUUUCCCCAAAGUGGGAUGUGAGGAGAUCACUCGCAAGGCGAGGCGAGUGCAGCUGAAGCCCAUGGAGUACAUUGCCCAGCACCGCAUGCAAGUCUGGCAGAUGCGCUUCAAAGAAAUGGGCCCGCCCUUCUCGCGCGUGUGGGUCGCCCUCGGCGGGAAAAUGCGCCGCCGCCGCGUUGGCCGGCAGGUGGACGUGAAGGACAUGCGGUACUACUGGCGGCCCAUCGAGCCGCAGUACCAGCGACUGUACAUGUCGAGGCUGCGGCUGCGGGACCACUCCAAUCAGCGCAGGGAGCCCAUGCGUCUGCGGGCCACCAACAGCGAGAUUGGCACCGUCAAUAGUGCUAUUGAGUGGGAAAGGGCCGCUAAUAGAAAGUACGGCGCACGCCUAGCACCACCAAAACGACCCGAUUUUGAAUUUCGUGUCUUUUAA